AUGCAGGCACGCCGCGCUCUCUGCAGGAUCGCCACUGCCCAGAGAAACGUGGUCUACAGACCCAACUUCAGCGCCGCAACACGACCGGGGACUACUAUUCUGAAUGCUCCAUCUCUUCCACAAUCAAUCAGUUGGAACCACAAUGUCGCCGUCAACGACCUCUCCGCCCGCGUUGCCGAGUUUCACUCCAACAAACAAAAGUUUCGCAUUUCUCAUGGCUCAACAAACAGCACCCGCCACACAUCAAAAGGACCUCACGUUCUUGACGUGAGUACUUUGAAUAAAGUGCUAAAGGUCGAUGUCGACAGGAAGAUUGCAUUUGUGGAACCGAAUGUACCAAUGGACAGGCUCGUCGAAGCGACACUGCCUUAUGGUCUGGUUCCUCCAGUAGUCAUGGAGUUUCCUGGAAUCACAGCUGGUGGUGGCUAUGUGGGAACCGCUGGCGAAAGCUCGAGUUUCAAGCAUGGCUUCUUUAACCACACCAUUGAGUCGGUUGAAAUGAUUCUCGCAACGGGUGAAAUUGUCAAGUGUUCUCCGACUGAGAGAUCUGAUCUGUUCUACGGAGCGGCCGGCGCGGUGGGUAGUUUUGGUGUUACUACCUUGAUCGAGCUGCGUCUCGAGCCUGCAAAGAAGUUUGUCGAGACAACGUAUCAUCCUGUCACCGAUAUGCAGGAUGCAAUCAAGGUUCUCGAAAAGGCCACCCAAGACCACAGUCUUGACUACGUCGACGGUAUCAUGUUUUCCAAGAACCAAGGAGCUGUUGUAACGGGCCGCAUGACUGAUACGCCUUCGUCCGGUCUACCUGUACAGACCUUCAGCUCUGCUUGGGACCCUUGGUUCUACCAACACGUCCAAGGUCAGGUAUCUAAAUCAGGAACAGAACCUGUCGUAGAAGCAGUGCCACUCCCAGAGUAUCUUUUCCGCUACGAUCGUGGUGGAUUCUGGGUCGGCGACAUGGCUUUCAAGUACUUCAACUUCCCUCACAACAAGUUCACUCGCUGGUUCCUGGACGACUUCACCCACACACGAAUGAUGUACACAGCGCUACAUGCUUCCGGCGAGUCCAAGCGCUGCAUCAUUCAGGAUCUUGCUCUCCCUUACUCCACGGCUGAGAAGUUCGUUGACUACACAUCAUCUGAACUCGACAUCUUUCCUCUUUGGCUAUGCCCGCUGAAGAGAACGCAACAACCCACAAUGCACCCAUACACCAGAGAAGACAAGGAACUAAUGCUAAACAUUGGAGUCUGGGGCUUUGGACCCAACAAUCGUGCCGAGUUCGUCAAGGCAAACAGAAACCUGGAGGCCAAGCUACGCGAGUUGGGAGGCAUGAAGUGGCUGUACGCCCAGACUUAUUACACCGAGUCCGAAUUCUGGGAGCAGUUUGAUCGCAAGUGGUAUGAUGAACUCAGAGAGAAGUACGGCGCCAAUAACUUGCCAAGUGUUUACGACAAGGUCAAGGCACCACCGGAAAAGGCAGCUGCUCCUGAGAAGUUCCUCGAAAAGUGGCCAUGGGCUGGCUUCUUCGGCAUUUGGAAGGCUAUCCAGUCCAAGACUUAUAUCCAAGCUAGAAGUGCCGCAUGGAGGCAAUGGGUCAAGUGA